GUCUCUGGUCCUGUGGGCAGAGGGCACCGUGCCUGCAGUGCUGUCUGCAUUAUCCAAAGUCUCCCAGAGUUAAUCUCUCCUUGAGUCUCCAACCCUUCCUGCUGUCUAAAAGCGGAUUUGGGGAAUAUUUUUUGCAGCAAGUUGACAUCAGCCUUGCCAUAAAGCCUCUAAAUAUGAGCUGAUGACUUCCUUGUGAGCCCAGUACUGCUCUGAAUCCAACUUCUGGCUCACGAAUGGUGGGACGAUAUUGCUGAGACACAGAAAGAGCAGCUGUCAGCUGUUGCCUGUUGGACAAGCCUGUGAAGACAGGAGCACUGGGUUUAAAGGAACUUAAAUACCUGCUAAGAUGGCACUGACUAGUUCACUUUCUAGCAAGCCAAUGCCACCAUGCUCCAGAGAAGUUUCUACAGCAGGAGUAGAAGUGCACCAGAGCAAGCUGGAUUUUUUCUGCAAGCUGGGCUAUGGUAAGCAGGACAUCUGCAAAGUGCUGGAGAACCUGGGCCAAGAGGCCCUGGAGGAUGAUGUGCUGAAAGAGCUAAUUCGGAUGGGGAGCAAACCUCAAGCUCUGGAAAGCCAGGCUCAGCCUUCUUCACUAAAACUUGUUGCCCGUGGAUCAUGUAGCACUACACCAGCAUCGAAAUGGCUUGCUGAAGAUGAAAGUGAUUCUUCCAGUUACUUGAGACCCAUUGUGAUUGAUGGCAGCAAUGUGGCGAUGAGUCAUGGAAACAAAGAGGUAUUCUCCUGCUGGGGGAUCCAGCUGGCCGUGGAUUGGUUUCGAGAGAGGGGACACACGUACAUCAAGGUUUUUGUCCCACUCUGGAGAAAGGAGCCCCCCCGACAAGACAGUCCCAUUGCAGAUCAGCACAUUCUUGAAGAGCUUGAAAAGCAAUCAAUCCUUGUGUACACCCCAUCCCGGAAGGUGAAAGGCAAGAGGGUAGUUUGCUACGAUGAUCGCUAUAUAGUGAAAGUUGCUUAUGAGAAAGACGGAGUCAUUGUUUCCAAUGACCACUACCGGGAUCUCCAGAAUGAAAACCCCGAAUGGAAAUGGUUUAUUGAGCAGCGACUGCUCAUGUACUCUUUUGUCAGUAACAGGUUUAUGCCUCCUGAUGAUCCAUUAGGCCGGCAUGGACCCAGUCUUAAUAACUUCCUCAGCAAAAAGCCAGUGCUUCCUGAACCAAAGUGGCAGCCUUGCCCCUAUGGUAAAAAAUGCACCUAUGGCAAUAAAUGCAAAUUUUACCACCCAGAGAGACCACAUCAAGCUCAGCUUUCAGUUGCUGAUGAGCUCAGGGCCAAAAUAAAAGUCCCAUUAAACCUGGUUAAAGAGGAGAAGCAUAAUUGCUCUCUGCAGAGGACUGGAGAAGAGCCUGCACUGCCUGACGCCUGCACAGCAAUGCUGCGAGAAGCCAGCAGCUGCGCAAGGUCUCCCUGCUACCUGGGGAGGUCCCAAGGUAGCUGUUGUGAGCAGCCAUCUGGUGCCUGGGCCAGCGGCCUCAGCUCUGACCGGGGACUGGACCAGCGGUUGCUACAGCCGGAGCUGCUGCAAGAUCAGCCACUCCUGGAGAAGAUGUCAGUGCUAUCCGUUGGUGAUGACACCUGUGACUACAAUCAGUCCAUACGCACCUCUCAAGACAGAAAGAUGAUGGACAGCCUUCAUCGCUGUGGUGACCUCAGGCACAACCUGUACUCGCUUCAUUACCCCCACAGAUUGGACCACACCUGCUUACCAGGAUGUUCUUUCCAGCAAAGUGUGCUCCUGUCUACCCAGGGUGGAACGUGCCCAGACCACAGCUGGCCUCAGGAGUGCUGCAGCAUGCAUGGGAUGGGGCAGAGGAGCCACUACAUCCCUGACGGUAUUCAGCACAAACAGGACCUGGAGACUUUGCAACGUGUUUUGCUGCAGUCCGCAGCUCUUGCCCCUGACUCACUUCACUCGUACAGCGAGCAUCAGCUGCAGCAGCACUAUUUCCCCCACAGGCCCCCACGGCAGCACUUUCUGUUAGACUCCAGCAAGGGGCUGGGCUUCCUCCAGAAAGCUCAUGCUAAUCCCAACACUUCUUACAGUGACUACUGGCCCACCCCAGCUGCAAGGCCACUCUCUGCCCAGCAAGCAAACAUCCACAUGGAGCUGUGCUCUCUUUUCCCGUACAGUGAGGUGAAUCACAUAAUGGCUUUGUACCCCGAUAUCAAGGAUUUUGCUAGCUUGACUUUACUGAUUCAAAGACACAGAAACUUGUGAAGCCUCCAGAUCAAACCUUUCCCAGCAAGCACAAGUCCUGAGGCAAAAUGGUGCUAUUCUGAGGCUUAACUAGGGUUACAGGUGUUCCGGGAGCACAAGUUUAAGCAUCAACCAGCUAUGCCACACAGGGCAACAAGAGAAGGCAAAGUCUGCUGUUCACUGCAGCGGGAUCUCAUUCACCUCCCGUGGAAGUGAAUGGGAGGGCUCAGGGUAACUGGGCUGUCAGCAUUUGAUCAUUGCUAGUGACUGGGUUCAGGGUGCCAUCGAUCUUCAUUAAUGCCUCGAAACACUAGACGUGCUUUUAAAAGUCCUGACCUAUUGCACAAGCACCAUAAAAGAGCCAAAUUCCAUGGCCUUCAGUAAAGGGCUCUCCAUAGACCCACCCCCAUGACUACUUGCUCAAUUAGCAUAAAACGUAAUUUGGCCUAUUUUUGCUAACACAGGGCUGUGCCCUCUGCUAGGAGGCAUCUUUGGCUCCACAUUAUUGCCUGAUAACGGCCCAGUCCUGUAGCUAUGAGCUUUCAAAGACACGUUUCAUGUUUGUAAAUCAAUGCUAUGAACACACAGAGUCACUAGCAGAGGUGGUGGAGGUACCAGCACUUGAAGAUAGCUGCAGGUGUAUUUUUCACACACAACGUAAGCCAAAUCAAGGAAGUCAUCUUCAGUGUAAGUAAGUCCUGAUGUAGGUUGAAGUCUCGGAGUUUUAUUUCCAAAAAAGAAGAAACACAGAUGACGCCAAGGCCAAAAAAAAGAAAUAUCUCAUAAUGCAGUUCUACAGCUGAUUAUAACUACAAACAUUUAAACUGCAUUCUACUGGGACACAUUUGAUUGUCAGUAAGCUGUAAAGCUGCUGAUCUCUGCACUCUUCCACUGAAUUCUUCAGGUUAUAAUCCAGAUAUUAAAAUUGAUUCUGAAGGUUUUUGGCAUUAUACCAAAGUCCAAGUAUGUCUGUAUGACAGGUUUUAGAAAUGGUUUAACACAUUAUAUAAUGGUCAUCAAGAACACUUUAUUCUGAAUAAUAUAAUCCUUUUUCUUUUUUUCAAAAAAAUAUUUUAUUUAUUUAUUUAUUUUCCAUUCCUUUUAGCACUGAUGCUUCAUCAAGUCAAACAGUUGGGUGGGAUUGACAAAUUCUCUGACUCUGCAGGGUCUCUGUUAGGUUCUUCUGAGGUACAAUUGGUGACGUUGGUCCCAGGCAGGAAUUAAACACAGCCCUCACUGACAACUCUGGAUUGCUUUCAGAAAGGUGACUAAGGAGUAGUGAUUCAUGUUUUGUGACAUUAUCACAUGAUGCAUUUUUUGAAAGUGGGGAUAGUCUGACGUGUUCCCUACAUUCUUUGUUUUGGUGGUGGUGUUUCAAGAAUCUUCAAGAAACACGUAUACUGUAUCAGUUCAACCUCCCAUGGGCAUGUGGUGGUUGGCUCCAAGAAAUUCUAGUUCGGAGGUACGAUCUAUCUUCACAGAAUAUGAAAAUAUUUCCAUAUGUCAUGAAUUUUCCACUAAUUAUAGUCACAAUAUAUAAAACUGGAUCACCAGAAUGGCUUAUAUAUUUACCCACUGCAUAUUACAUAAAGAUUAGAAAUGACAUUGAAACAAAACUGUGGAAUAAAUGCCCUGUGCAAUGCUUUGAGGAGUACUUGAGUUCUACAGCUGUUGUUAGUCACAGUGAAAUAUACCAUGCAUCACCACACUUAAAACUGAUCUGACCCAAGACAUUUCAUGGAUUAAUUGCCUACAUGUCCCCAUGCAAAGCCAGGCUGAUAGGUUUGCCUAACAACCUGUAUCUGAGCUUUCCCAACCACUGCUGCACACCAAUACAGCUGCAGAGAAUGUGCGAUGCAGAGUGGAAAAAUACCUUCCACACACUCAAAGAGAGCAAGUGCGAAAUGACAGCUGUCAAAAAACAUACACAGAGUAGUGGAUCAGGGUAGAGCCGUACAUGUCAACAUUUAUUUUUAUGUCUGGAAUGUAUGUUCCAGAAAGUAUUUAAGAUCUACAGAAAAAUUGGCAUGCUCUCUUUACACCGUACCGGUGGCUUGCUGAAGAGAUGAGCAUAAGCUUCUCUCCUUUUCCUUUGAGGAUGCUCAGGAAGUUAGCAGUUGUUUAAAAUCCUCUCUUGAAGUUUAAUAACUUGUUUUUCUUUCAUUUCUGCCUUAUUUACUGAGGAAUCUUUCAGUAAAAUACAUAUAAUGUGCAUUCUGCUGAGAAAGUGGCUGAGAAAAUAAAACAGACUUUGGCACUAAACAGAACUUGAUUUCUCUUGGCUCUUCUGCUCACCAGAGGGUUUUUUUCUCAUGGAGCUUUUGUUCGAAGGGCAGCUCAGCAGCAGUGCUGUGUCACUGUCUGCUUGAGAGAAAAUCUGCCACUGGCUGAGAGCCCAUGGAAAGCACAGACUCCUUUGUUAUUUCACCACAGCAGAAGUAUCUGGGACUGAGAAUUUUCUGCUGCAGAGCCUUUUACACUUUCCAAGAGAGGAGUAUUUGGUUUUGGCUUUGUCAGCUGCUGAGGUAAGGGCAGGGGCUGCUAACAGAAAGGAGGAAGCAGCUUUUGCACCGGUGGCAGAGUAGAAGGCUGUUGCUAUUUGGUGUCUCUGCUGAGAUGCCUUUGAGUCCAACUCUCACUGCCAAGUUGAAAAUGAAUCCAUAAAUCCCAGCAGGCUCAGAAAGCCCUUUAUGCUCUUCGCUUUUUGGUUGUCAAGACUCUUUUAGAAGAAGCUGGAAGCAGUGGGAGCAAUCCUGCAGGAGACAGACUGUUUCCUAAGGGAGAUUUACAGAGUUGCCAAGUUAAUUUUGAGAUUCAUAAAAAAAAAAAGUUCCAGAAGACAAUCCUUUUCUCUGCUCUCAACCUUUCCCAAAGAGUUAGGAAGCCACAGACACUCUCCUUUGUGAGGAGAAACUAGGAAAACUACAUACAAACAUUUCACUGCAAAGUCUUGAGUGGAAUUCACCCCUGCAACAACUCCUUGGCAUGAAAAGGAGUAAAGAGGGUGAUCCCCUGCACCCGAUGCAGUUCUGGGCAGCUCACAGUACCUUCCCUCUCACUUCAACACAGAAAUUUCUCCCUCACAGAACACUGGUGACAAUUCUACUUAGUUUGGUGAGCUUAGAUACCAUAAAAAUUAAUGCUGUAAGAUAGUCUAUGAAGUAGAUAAUUGCAUUGCUCUGCAUCAAACACUUGUAUUUGAUUUGAGCAGGUGGCCAAGAAGGUCAACAGCAUCCUGGCUUAUCUCAGAAAUGGUGUGGCCAGCAGGAGUAGGUAAGCGAUUGUCCCUCUAUGUGCAGCACUGGUGAGGCCGCAUUUCAAAUAUUGGGCCCCUCAUUACAAGAAAAACAUUGAGCUGCUGGAGCGUGUUCAGAGAAAGGCAAUAAAACUGGUAAAGGGUCUAGAGAACAAGUCUUAUGAGGAGCAGCUGAGGGAACUGGGGUUGUUUAGCCUGCAGACAAGGAGGCUGAGGGGAGACCUUAUCUCCCUCUACAAUACCUGAAAAGAGGCUGUAGUGAGGUGGGUGUUGGUCUCUUCUCCCAAGUAAUCAGCAAGAGGAUGAGAGGAAAUGGCCUCAAUCUGCAUUAGGGGAGGUUUAGAUUAGAUAUUAGGAAAAAAAUAUUUACUGAAAGAGUUGUCAAGCAUUGAGACAGGCUGCCCAUGGAAAUGAAGCGUCGAUCCCCUGGAGGAAUUAAACAUAUAGAUGUGGCACUUUGGGAUAUGUUUCAGUAGGCAUGGUGGUAUUGAAUCAGAUGAGCCUAAGAUCUUAGGUCUUUUCCAACCCUAACAAUUCUACGAUGCCAUGGUCCUAUUUGCCAACUAUUCUGAGAAGUUUCGCUAAUAUUUUAACUCACUCCCCAUAAGAGCUGGCCCAAUUUAUAAGCAAACAAUUGAACUAAUCACAAAAAACUAAAGAGAACAAAAGAGGUUUCACUGCUUCUCUCCUCUUUAAAAAUGUUGGAUUGCUAGGGAAGAGCAAGCCAGCCCUGUACUUCAAGUGCAACAGAACACUUCUGCAAGCCAAAAAAACCCCCGAAGCAUCUGGUGAAAGCCUUUAACAGACAGACUCCUACAUCUGACACAAGCAUUUUAACAACAUAUCUCUUAAGAUAACAAUUCAGACAUUACCUUUCACCUUUUGUAUGGACUUUCCCCAAGCCAGGAGUAUGAACAUCUGUGUUUUACUCCGAGGGGCAUAACUCACAGUCUCUGCCACCAGAAGCCUUUUGCUUCUCUGCCCCAGGGUACAUCUGCUCUGCAUUCACUGUCAUACAUACAAA